AUGGACGCGCCGCCGCCGAAGCCCGAGUCUACGAAUGAGUCCACUAUCGUCGGCUCUGAAAAGUCCACGACUAAGAAGCAGGCUGAGGCAGACUCAAAGGCAAAGAAGCCCAAGAAGAAGGUCGUCGAGCCCGAAUCCUCCGACUCGGACUCUGAUUCCGAUUCUAGCCCCGCCGAUAGCGACGACGACAGUGAGAUAUCUGAUUCCGAGUUGGAGAAGGCGACGAAAAAGAAGUCGAAGAGGAUAUCCCAAAAGCAAUCCGACCGCCACAAGGAGAAGAAGUCCAAGUCAAAGAAGAAGAAGAAGAGAAAGGCCAAGAAGGCGGAGUCAUCGGAUGACUCUGAUUUUGAGUCGAGCGACUCCGAUGCUGCUGAUAACGAGGAGGAGGCCGACGAGAGCGCUGAGACGGAUGACAGUAACGAAACUGAUGAAACGGAGACGUCGAACGAUGCUAAUGCCCAGGCAACGAAGCAAAGCCAGCAAGACCUCCAGUCCAAGCUACAACUCAGCCUGCAACAGCAGCUUCAGCAGCUUCAACUUCAACAGCAGCUCCAGCUUCAAGGACUUGGGCAAUAUGGACUGGCUGCGCAGCUCAAUGCUCGCGGCAACGCCAGGCCGGCGGGUCGUAUGCCCCCUCCUCCCAGCGACGAGAACAAUAAGAAGAAGAAGUCGGAUAAGGGAAAGGCUUCUGACAAGGCGGGUAAGAACGGCCGAUUGGACUUCAAGCGUGUGGAUCAAGUCUGGGACAGCACCAUACACAACUAUAAACUCCAAGACACCACGCAGACAUCGCCGGAUCCCAAGUACAAGGGUUACAUCUUCCACAUCCGGCGCACCUUUGACUGGGAGGGCAAAUACAAGUCCACCUAUGUUGACAUUAAGAGCAAGGUUCUGCGAGAUUGUCUCAAGGAUAUCAUGGGCCACAUCAAAGGCAUCAGCUUGGUAGAGGAAACCCCCAAGCUCGACCCUAACAUCUUGUUCCUGUACCUCGAGGAUAUGAGAGCGCACGUUAAGAAACUUAAGAAGCAGAAGCCGACCGGCAAGAACAAGAAGGAGAAGAAGCGAGACAAGAAGAGGAACGAAACCAAGCGACAACACCUCAAGACUCUAAUAAAGUACCUCGAUCACGAUUACGCCGAGGUGAUGAAGAGUUUAUAUCCCAUGCUGGAGAAUGGUCUCAUCACGUUCGACUUAAUGUGGGCACUGUGGAAGCCAGGUACGCUAGUCUACACCGCGACCUACGGGUGCCAUGAUGAGCCCAGAGUGUUCAAGGCAGACAUGGCGGAGAAGCAUUUCUCAAUGGCCCGCGGCGAUUUCUAUUGGGUCGAAGGAAAGUACUUCGAGUACGACGGCAAGAAGUACGGCCACGGUAGUAUGUCUGUCGACAUUGGGGAUUUCAAGGUGCCCGGAAGAUCACCAGUCUUCCCUGCCCGCUCAACUACCAUAAGAACGAAGCCGAACUCCGAAAGACCCUCAUUGAGCGCGGAAAGAAUGGUCAAGGUCAAUAUCAACGGAAGGAUCAUGGUAGACCCUGCGAUCCACCGGCGAAUCAACCCCAACUACCCAAUUUCUCGAGUCCGCCCAAGAGACAACGAUGCUUCUUCUGGCGAGGAAUCCGAUGGAGAUGACGAUAGCUGCUGCUACGAGACGGAUAGUGACGAUGGUAGCGGGGGCCACAGCGAUGGAUCAAACUCGGAGGAUGAGAAGCCAAAGUUCAAGGUCAAGUUCGUGAAGGACAAGAACGGCAACGUGCGCGCCAUUCGGGUUCCGCGUGACGAGUCUGACGACGACGAUGCGGAAGGCCUUGAUGCCGUCCAGACAACGAACAAGGAGGGUGCUGGCAAGGCUGACGAAGGCAAGGAAGAAGAGAACAAGGAUGAGGAGAGUGCCAAGCCGGAAAAGCCUGCUAUCCCCGAAUUCUCUGACGAGGAGUACCUAAUCGCGUCGCCCGUUGUUCUGGGUUUCGCGUUUUCCGAAAAACUUUGGCUCGAAUUCACGGUAUCUGGUAUUAAGGAAAUCCAGUGGAAUGACACGGCGUACGACUCUCUCGUACUUGAGCCCAAAACAAAGGACAUUGUCAAGGCUCUCGUUGAAUCCCACAAAUACCAUGCCGCUGAAAGCAUAGACGAUGUGAUCCAAGGCAAGGGCAAGGGUCUUGUUGCUGUCCUCCACGGGCCUCCAGGAACGGGCAAGACGCUUACCGCAGAGGGUAUCAGCGAACUCCUCAAAUGUCCGCUGUACAUGGCCUCUGCUGGUGAACUCGGCACAGACUCGCGAUAUCUUGAGGCCGAGCUUCAGAAGAUUCUCGACAUCUGCCACGCUUGGGGAGCCAUCCUCCUCCUUGACGAAGCCGAUGUGUUCCUUGAGAAGCGAAACAUGCAUGACCUGCACCGUAAUGCCCUCGUGAGCAUCUUCCUUCGUCAGCUGGAAUAUUUCCAGGGCAUCCUGUUCUUGACGACCAAUCGUGUUGAGACCUUUGACGACGCCUUCCAAUCACGUAUCCACAUCGCCCUCCGCUACGAUUCGCUUGACCAGAAGGCAAAGAAGAAGAUUUUCAAGAUCUUCAUCGAGAGGGUUCGGGUUCUCGAAAAGGCUGAUCUCAUGCCAUUCACCGAGGAAGACUACACCAACUUGGCCAAGCACGAUCUCAACGGUCGCCAGAUCAAGAAUACGGUCCGCACGGCUCAGGCACUAGCUGUCAACCGUGGCGAACCUCUUAGCAUGAAGCAUAUUCGCCAGGUGCUCGAUGUGUUGACCAGCUUCGAUCGCGACCUGAAGGGAGGAACAGGCUACCAGGAGGCGAUGAGAAGUUAUUUCUAA